GCUCCAUGACGUAACGUGUGAAAGUAGGUGAGUCUCGGCCCCUACUUGCCAUCAGAAAUUAGUUAGUAGUGAGUUACUUAAUCACUGCGGACGUGAGUUUAAGCCAAAAAAAGUGUCUUCCAAAGAAUGCAUUCAAUACUUUUGUUACUGUCGAUACACACAAUAGAGACGCUUGCUACUCCAGUAGAUUAUCCUAUUAAAGUCGACCUUCCAGUAUAUGAAGAUCCUGAAGCAUUUAAAGGGCCGCCUGAUGUUCAUCUAGCUGAACCCCUAUUACCCGAAAAUCAUCCUGGUGUUGACACGCUACACAAUAAUAAACCUAAUUUAGUGGAUCAUAAACUAGGAGCGGCAAACGAUAUACUUCAUUACAAAACGCGAUUGGGAUAUGGAACAAAAACUGAAAGUGCAUUGCUGGAAACUGAAGGAUUCGGAAGUAAAGUGCUUUCUGUUAACGAAGGCAUUCAGCAUGUUGCCGCUGGUAUUUUACAGCCAAAGCCGAUAGUGGAUACAAUACGAGAAGAAGAGAAGUACGGAAAUACAGGUGAUAAAUUUUAUAGCACUGGUCGAGCAAUUGUCGGCGGUGCAGAGCGGAUAUCGAACUUCGUCAAUUCAUUGAUUGCGAUACCAGGAACCCUCUUGAACACUAUAACUCGAUCGGCCUCUGAAAAACUGAACACAUUUGGUGGAAAACUUGUUGGAUUAUAGAUAUAGAUAUUUGUAAGAAUCUAAUAAAAACAUUUUGUAUCUUUA